AACGAAAACCAUUUUCUUUCCCACUCUCUUUCCCCCUUUCUCUCUCCGAAAAAUUCGCUGAAACCGUCAGGAGCCCUAAGCACCGCUCCACCCUCUCCCUUACCUCGCACGCCACCGUGUUGGCCGCCUUCCGCCCUAAACAUUCUUCCACUCGGACUUGCCCUCCACCGUCCUGAGCCAUGGUAGCGUCGAGUGAGUCAAACAGAGCACCGUAGUACCCUCAGGCCUCUGCCACCCGUGCACCAAAAGAUGCUGUGGUGGCAUUCAUCUUCUGCUCCACUAGCGUCACCACCCGAGGGCACAAUCCCUUCACCACUCUCAACAAUUGGUCCCUAGGGUUCUCCGUUGGCACACUCUCGUCUGGCAUUCUGUACAGCCUGAAUGCAAAAUUCACCGCCAGCGCCUCGUCGGCGUCGCUGUCCAACGCGUUUCUGUCCAGAUCAGCCAUUUUCCGACUCACGGCGUUGAAUUUAAGGUUGACACCCACUCGCUCCGCUAGCUUUUUCAGCCAUUCACCCCCCACUCUUAACCCAUCCUCGUUGUAGUUGUUGCUGCCUGGUUCAACGACGGCGGUGAUCUUGACGACAGUGGGCUUGCCCAAUUGUCGUUCGGCAAGAGCAUGGAUGAGGGUCAUGUAUUGUCUUCCCUGUCGUAGGGCAAGAAACCAAGAAACCAUCUCCUCCAGGGGAAAGAAGAGUCUUCAGAGAGAGGCAACCGAAUACGCUUCCCGGAAUCGAAUGAACUUCGUGUUCGUUCGAUAAUGGAGGAGCGGCAACUGAAUGAUAAACCAAACCCUAACCCUAAGAAUUAUUACAAUAACAAUGAUGAGGAGGAGAAGAAGAAGAGAAAGCAGAAGCAGGAGUUCGAAUUCUGCAAGGUCUGUAAUCUCAACCACGACAAAGGCCGACGCCAUAAUUACUUCCCUAACCAUAUCAAAGCUCUUUCUUCAUUUCUCUCUCGAUUCCUUAAAAAGAUGUCCGACGUCAGAUUCUUCCUCAAAAAUCCUCUUCUCCUUCGAACCGAACAUGCUGGACGUAAUCGACUCUGGUGCGUUUUCUGCGAUUGUGACGUCCAAGAACUCGGUAGUUCAUUCGCUUGUAGCAAUGCGAUUAUUCAUCUUGCCAGCUCCGAGCACUUGAAGAAUUUAAAGCAUUUCUUAUGGAAGUAUGGUGGGGAAAUGGAUCGAGUCGAUGCCUUCAGGAUUUCUGAGGCCGAUCUUCUUAAGUGGGAGAAAAGGUGUGAAUCAUUGAAGAGUUUAGCUGCAUCACCAAAUGAAGGAUUUUAUGAACUGUCUAAUGAUAUCCAAAAUAAACUUUGCUCUGAAAAUAUGCAUAAUUUUGAGAAAAAUUCUGUUGUCUCUUUUAAAUCAAGUUUUUCAAACAGUGUUCUACCUUUACAAUGUUCUACGGAUGAGAGAUGCCACAUUUUUCAUCCAGAAAUCACUAAAGUUGCUCACACACUGCAACAUGAUUGUACUUCUUUGCCUGUGGACAUGCAAGGUAGGAUGCAUUCUCAGGGUAUGCAUGUCACAAAAAGUAUGACAAUGGAUUUGAAAGGUAUGCACAAUUUAACUUUUCCUUCAUCGAUUAAGUUAUACUGUUUUAAGUUUUUAAUGGAGGGUCUUUCAUGGAAUGACAUUGGCUCUAAUAGUUUAGUGAUUUCAUCCUGUACACAUGACCUAGCUAACGGGGACAGCCAACAUUCCCUCGUUCACAAUAGUCGUGGAAGCUCAGUUGGUUGGUCUUCAAGUAAUGGAGGGGUUUAUCAAUUUGAAAUCGUGGAUAAUGGAGGCAGCAGUAACCAGGUGGUGCAGAGUUUAACUCCAGUUUCUCAGUUACUUGCUGAAGAGACAAAAGGCAAUGUCCAUUCUGGAGCUCCUCCUCCCUGGUUUGAAGACAAGUAUGAAGACAAUCAGCUAAAUGUUGAAGUAAACGCAGGGUUAUGCACAAGUAGUUUUGCUUCUCCACUGGAAAAAAUUGGUAAGACUCAAAAGUUGAACCCAAAACGAGUUGGAGCUGCUUGGGCAGAAAAAAGAAAGAUUGAGCUGGAGAAGGAAAAAAGAGGGGAGAUUGUCUCUGGUAACUGUGAUACUGAUUGGCUCCCUAAUUUUGGUAGAGUUUGGCAGUCAGGAAGCAGGAAGGAAUCCAGGAAAGAGUUUGAGAAGGAAAAACAGAAAUUUCUCAAGGCUGAUAGUCUAACCGAGACGACAACAAAGAUACAACCUUACAUUAGCAAACGAUUGCGGAAGGACGCAGGUGAAAGUAACUUUCCCACGGACAAGUCAUCUUGAUCUCUCUCUGGAGUACCUCUUAAGCAUUUCAAUGACAAAAUCAUGUCCUUUGUGCAUGUAAAUUGAUUGUUGAUCAGGAGUAGAUUAGAUAAUGUUUUAGUCGCUGUACAGUGCAAAAGUAAAAUCAGUCAAUAGAGCAGUUGUGUCCA